AUGUGGGCUAGAAGACAGGGUCAGUUGCCGCCGUCCAGCCAGGGGAGACGGCCAUCCCCGUACCCCCAGGUUUACGUGGACACCAACCCCACCCUCCUGCCACCCCUGGUCAAGCGGCCGGACCAGGACGGCAGGACGGCGCUGCACGCCGAGGCCGGGGGUCGGGGCACCGGCCCGGCCGGGGGCCGCUGCGUGCACUGGGGUCCCGGCGAGCGCCAGGCGCUUUUCCUGCAGGCCACACCGCACCGCGACAUCAGCCGCCGCGUGGCCGCCUUUCGCUUCGAGCUGCGCGAGGACAGCCGUCCGGAGCUGCCCCCGCAGGCCCACGAGCUUGGCGUGGACGGUGCCUGCAGGCCCUGCAGCGACGCUGAACAACUCCUGGUCGCAUGCACCAGUGACUUUGUAAUCCGCGGGACCAUCCAUGGGGUCACCCAUGACACAGAGCUGCAGGAGUCUGUCAUCACUGUGAUGGCCACCCGUGUCCUCCGCCAGACGCUGCCACUGUUCCAGGUGGAGGGCUCUGGGGGCCAGGGGCAGGCCUCCAUUCGCACCCCACUGCGCUGUGGUGUCCGCUCUGGUCCAGGGACCUUCCUCUUCAUGGGCUGGGGCCGCUUUGGGGAGGCCUGGCUGAGCUGUGCCCCCCGCUUCCAGGAGUUCAGCCGUGCCUAUGUGGCUGCCCACGCCGCCCACCUCCACCCCUGCGAGGUGGCACUGGACUGAGGGAACUGGGAGCGACCACCAGCUGGACCUUCCUCUGGGGCAGGGUGCUGGGGAGAGGCUGGUAGGAGAGCGGGUGGGGUGGCCCCCAGAUGGCAUCAUUGGUACCCACUGUUUCUGAGCUGAUGAAGAUAAUCAAUGAGAUCACUGAUUACGUUAGCUAC